GAGAGACAACAAGGGUCGACUUCAGGGUAGCUUACUUACGUUAGUUAGCAGUGGUCGGUAAGUUAGUGUGACAUGCUGUUAAAGUAAAAAUUAUCUUCGUCACAUCAAAGUUUAUGUUUAUGGAUUGUCAAGCGUCGACGCAUCUUUGAACGGAUUUUUAGGUAACACUGCAAAAAUGCCUUUGCAUGGGAAAAUAGUGGUGAUUAAGAGGAACGGAGGAGAUGGGACUGAAUUCCCUCUCACUGCAUCAUGCUUGUUUGGAAGGAUGCCUGACUGUGAUAUUCGCAUUCAGCUUCCUCAAGUCUCCAAGGAGCAUUGCAGAAUUGACUUGAAUGAAAAUAAAGAGGUCAUUUUGACAAAUUUGAGCUCGGUGAAUCCAACACUUGUCAAUGGAGAGGUUUUGCAACAGUCUGACCGUUUGAAACAUGGAGAUGUAAUAACUGUUAUUGACCGUUCUUUCAGGUUUGAGUACCCUCCAGCACCCACACCAAAGAAGAGGUCUUCUGUAGGAGGCAAAACAGAAAAACUCAAAGUUCUUCAACAUCAGCAAGUGUGUGAUACUCCCAUUGUUGAAACUGGGGACAAGAGGAUCUCUGAAGUAUCUGCAGAUCCUCAUCUUAAAGAUGGAGCUAACAGUGACAACAUCCAGCGAUCCCUGGAGAAAACUUUGGAGUUGGAGUCCAAGAAUGAUGAUAGCUUGCUGCAAAGCAAGACCAACUCACCGUUCAAUGAUCUGUAUCAAAUGAUCAAAAAAUCUCUGGAUGUCAAGACCCCAUGGAAGUCUUCUUCUAGUCAGCUUCAGACACCUACCUCAAGGUUUGGUACUCCACAAGUUGGUUUAGUCAGGAAGAAUGAUUUAAAGCCUGUCACUUGUACAGAAGAAAAAGGCACUCCCAAGAAGGGUUAUCCCAGUGUCUUUGCUGAAGUCGAGGGUAAAAAUGGUGGAACCCCAGGGUCAGUGAAGAAGCAGAGAAAGUCCAUCCAGGUCCCUUCUACUGAGAUGGUUGCACUCAGAGCAGAAGAAGCAAGCAUACCUCAAAAGAGAAUCAGCGGAACACCACAGAAAUUUACUGUGAGUGAGGUUAUUGAGCACAUUUCUGCUCAGUCACCUAAGUCACCAAUGAGAAAGCGGUCAACAGAAGUCACACCAGCCAAAUCUGCAAUGGCUAAGGAUCAAGAAGAACAAGCGAUGUCUGCUCCCAAAACAGAGCAACGCCAAAGGACAUCACCAAGGAAUUCAGGAAAAGCUGAUAAAGUGAAAGAAAUAUCCAAGAAACGUAAAAGCGGGGAACUUGGAACAGACCUGAUUACACAACAGAUGAAGAGGAAACGGGUUUCAUUUGGAGGCCAGCUGAGUCCAGAGUUAUUUGACAAACGACUGCCUCCUGAUUCUCCAUUGCGCAAGGGGGCCACCCCACGGAGAAGCUUGUCUCUCGCCCGACACAAACAGUCACUGCUUAGACGAGCAUCUGUCAUUGGCUUUAUAAGGGAGCUUGACCAAGAUAUUCCUGGAAAGAAGAGGACCCCGUCCCCCAAGAAGUCAUCAAGUGCUAAGGCUGCUUCUCCAAAGACUCCAACGUCAGGAAAAAAAGUAGCAAAAUCUAGAUCUCCAUCUCCCAAAGCAGCAUCACCUGCAAAGAAGUCCCCAAAAUCCAAGACCCCAUCUCCCAAAGCAGCAACAUCACCUGCAAAGAAGUCCCCAAAAUCCAAGACCCCUUCUCCCAAAGCAGCAGCAUCACCUGCGAAGAAGUCCCCAAAAUCCAAAACUUCAACACCAGCUAAAACUCCCUUGAGAUCAGGAGCCCAGACCCCCACGGUGCAAGGGCGCUUCUCUGUGUCACGAAUCAGUACACCAUCUCCAACUGUAGACAUCGACGCUGUCCCUGACCAGGUGCCUUCACACACCGUUACCCCUAAAAUACCUAUCAGGAGGAAGAGCAUGAAGAGCGCCACACGGAAGACUCCGAGUAUUUCCAAGAGUGCGGUAAAAGUAAUGUGCAGAAGAAGUGGCAUAUCACGGGCCUCUAUGAAGGUCAUGAAUUCCUGGGCAGAAAUAGUAAAGUUUGGCCAAACUAAGACUCAAGCUGUUGCUCCUCCAGCUAAAAAAAAGGUCAUCCAGAAGACCAUGAAGAAGGCAGCAUCCAAAACACAGACACCUGCAAGAAAACUCAAGGGCCACAUGAGCACUGGACAUGCAGAUUCACCUGUUACCAUCGUUGUGGGUAGAGCUCACAAACAAACGGUUACACAUCCAACUGGCGCUGCACCAAGGGUUGUCAUGAAUGCUGCACUCUACAAGAAGAACAUGAAGAUGGAUGAGGACUUAACUGGCAUUCCUGAAAUGUUUAAAACCCCUGUAAAUGAAAGAAAGAGGAGAUCUUUAAUCGGUCAGAGCAGUGCCACAAAGACACCAGCUGGAGCUCAGGGCACAUCUGUGAUCGAACCAUCUGUCCUGAACACGCCCGAGGAGACAGGUGAAAUGAUAGUUUCUCCACUGAGUGUUGCAUCUACAAUCAAAGACAGAAGAUACAAUAGUGAGGCAGUCCAGCGCCUUCUUAAUGAAAAUCAAGAGUCCAGUUUUGUCGGUGACGUCUCUGCCUUAGAGAGUCAUUCUGAAUCUAAUGAACAGCAGAGCGUGGAUUUGAAGACCAUCUCCGUAACAACCCCCAAACAGAAGACCCCAAGACAGAAAUCUGGGCCAGUUGAAGACUUGAGAGAGAAGAGUUUGAAAACUCCUAAACAGAAAGCUGAACAACGGGAGUGCCUCACAGGAGUGAAGAGGAUCAUGAAAACUCCAAGACAGAAGACCGAACCUUUAGAGGACAUCAGAGGCAGACUUCUCAAAACUCCCAAACAGAAAGCCGAACCACAGGAGUGCCUGUCUGGAGUGAAGAGGAUCAUGAAAACUCCAAGACAGAAGACCGAACCUUUAGAGGACAUCAGAGGCAAACUUCUGAAAACUCCCAAACUGAAGCCUGAACCACAGGAGUGCCUGACUGGAGUGAAGAGAAUGUUCAAGACUCCAAAGCAAGGGGCUGAAUCCCUUGAAGACCUUCAAGGAGAACUUCAGAAAACUCCCAAAGCCACAGAAGCCAGUGAUGUGAAUGCAGAUGCUGUUAAGGAACUCCUGGACACACCAGCACGUGUCAAAGAAUCUGAAGACCUGGCUAAAGUGAUCUCUCCGACAGUAUGUCUUACAGAUAUUAAGAAAAUCGGAACACCCAAGGAGAAGACUGCUCCAGUUGAAGAUAUGGUUGAAGUGAAGAGGCUGAUGAGAACUCCAAGAGUGAAAGGACAACCUGUCGAGCAGAACUUUGGUCUUAAGAGACUCAUGAAAUCACCAAGAGUGAGGGGAAAUGCUCCAGUGGAUGACUUUGAAGGCCUUCAAGAACUCAUGGAGGAGCCGUUGACUGUUGCCACAGGACAACAGGAGACGGACAAGCAGGAUGAAUUGCAAAUGGAUGGUGCAGCAGCUGUGGAGAAAGAAACCAGUGAAGUUGUCAUUAAUGACCACUUGGAGGUGCCAAGUAAACAAGAUAAUAAUGCAACAUCACAAGCCACGGAAGCGGUUUCUACCCAAGAGAAGAAAUCCGUUCGAGGCAGAAGAGCAAAAGCAACUCAGGAUAAAGAAGAGGCACCGGAACCCUCUCAAAAUACCGUCCUCUCUGUGCCAGUCAGAGGAAGAAGGGGAAAGAAAACUGAAGCUACAGCUCUACCUGCUGUUAAACAAACAACAAGAGGCAGAAAUGCGAAGAGCGCUGAAAGUGUGGAUGUGGAGAUCGCUGUGGAAGAAAGUCCUGCUCAGCCGUCCAAAGUUGCUCCUAAACUGAAAAGAGGAAGAAAUGCUAAAAAAGCCACUGAUCAGGAGGUUGCCAUCGAAACUGACAUGGCUGUGGAACUUCAGAGUGACCAGAUCCCUCCAGUUGAUGUCGACCAAAAAGAAAAUGACAGUGCAGCACCCAAAGAGAAGGCUGUGCUGAAGCCCAAGCGUGGUAGAACACCCAAACCUAAACAAACUGCAUCAGAGGAGCAAGAAAUUCCCCAAACUGAUGUAACAAAAGCAGAUGAGCAGGUGUUGCCAAGUGAAACUGAUGUACCUGAUGCCAUGGAAACAGUUGUCCAGGCUCAUGAAACUGAGCGUACACCAGUUGUGGAGACGGUUGAGAAGAAAUCUGUUAGAGGCCAAAGAGCUAAACGGGUGGAAUCUAAAGACGCUGAGGAUAAACAGGAGGCUGCAGAACACUCUGAAGAACCUGCCAUCCCUGCACCAGCAAGAGGAAGAAGGGGGAAGAAAGUGGAAGCCUCUGCACCUCCAGCUGUUAAACGGACAAGAACCAGGAACGCAAAGUCUCAAGAAAGCUCCUCUGACACACCUGCUGUUGAAACCCAACCGAUGACCGAGAUCUCCUCCGAAGCUGUGAGUGCACAGACAUCUCUGAUAAAGAGUCAAGUCGACGCUGAUUCUGUCCCCCCAACAGAAGAGGCUGUCGUGAAACCACUUAGAGGGAGGAAAACUAAGCAAACACUUGUUGAACCAGUGCAACCAGAGGCAGAAGAAAAUGAUGCAGUGAGUGAGGAACAUCUUGUGGAAAGUUCUCAUCCUCAGCAGCCCACUCCAGGAAAACCCAGAAGCGGCAGAAAGACGAGUCCUGAUCCUGUGGAACAAAAUGUGACCGCAGAAGAUGUAGUUGAGGAGACCAAGAAGCAGUCUCGGGCUCCAGUUAGGGCACGAAGAGGAAAAAAUGCCAGACAAGAAGAAGAAAAGAUGGAUGACGAUAAGAAGACUACUGAAUCCCAGCAGCCUGUUAAAACAUCAAGGAGAACAAGAAAACCUGAGCAAGACCGCGUUGAACCAGUUGAAGAAGUCCCUGCCAUUGAAGUGGUAGUUCCAGAGGUGGCAGAAGCACUUGCUGAACCAGUGAUGAGUGAAGAGGCUACUGUGGCUCUGAAGCCUAGGAGAGGACGAAAGGCAAAAGUAGACACUGAGAGUGUAACUCUUGUUGAAUCCACUGAGGUCCAAGACAACCCCACUCAGGCCAGCUCCACUGACAAACCCAAACGGGUUAGGAGAGGAAAGCAAGUUGCAGAAAUGCCUGAAAAUGAAGUGGAGACCGAAGAGAAACAAAAUGAAGAGUCUGCCGCUCCCACCCCUAAGUCUAGCAAGGCAAGGAGGGGGAAAGCUGAGGCUUCACAAGCCGUUCCAGCCAAGAGAGCACGUCGAGGUGCAGCUCUUCCUGUUGAGGAGACCAGUACAGAAUCCACAGUCCCAGUAUCAGAGCCUGUUUCUGCUCCAGCUGAACCAGCAAAAAGAGGGAGACGGGCAGCUGCAAAGCCCAAACCAGGUGAGGCCACGGUGACCAGUGAUGAGACAAAUCCCUCUGAAGAGUCCAGCACUGCUGUUGUCGAAGAUACAAAAAUGUCCAAAAAAUCUGUCAAGUGGAAGCUGGACAUGGAUGUCGUUGAGAUUCCAAAAGUGACACCUGUCAAGACGGUUCGUGGUAGGAAGUCGAAACUUGAGGACCAAGCUGGUGCUGAAAGCAAAAAAGUGUUGAAGGGUGCUCACAAACCUGAAGAGGAGGAUCUCUCAGAUGAAGUUGUCGAAGCUCAGCCUGUCAAAAGAGCCAGGAGAGGAGCAAAGGCUGAUGUGAACACAGCAUCCACAAGCAAGGUGGUCCUUCAGAAAGAGGCUGAAGCUGAAACGCAGCCAAAAACCAGACGAGGCAGAUCAGCAAAGAAAUAAAAGCUGUUGUAUAAAUUCUUAUUCAGUUAUGUUCUGUCCUUUUAAACUUGUUUUUUGUACUUUGUCAUUUUUUAGAUUGUGGCCAUUGUCUUAACAAGUUUUAUAGACUGAAAAUUAAGCACUGUUAUUUUUUUCUUUUUACCCCAGUACAGCAGGGAAUCUUAUUUUAAUCUUUAAUGUUGUGACAAGUUGUAUGUUAUUCACAAAUUCUGCAUAUUUUUAUGGCGAGGAAAAAAAAUGAUUAAAUUUUUUACUUUUGUGGAAA